AAUCAAGCAUAAAAGUAUACACAAAUUGUUGUUAACAGAAUGGGUACCUGCUUGGAGCGCUAUUUCUGCCCCAACAAGCCGGUUUGCAGUACUGGGAGAAGGUCCACUUUCUACUUUCCUGGCGGCGGCUCCUAUGCUGGCUACUGGCAAUGCAACCAGCACCAGGGCUGGGGCGUGAAGAAGACGGCAAAGCGAACUGCCAAGUACUUUUCUGACAAAAAGAAGCCCGAUGGUCAGCUCGUCUAUGAGGGUCAUUGGGUGAUGAACAAGCGGCAAGGCAUUGGAUCGAUGCUACGCAAGCGUGGCGCAGAGCUGCAGCUGAUAUAUGCGGGGCUGUGGUUCGACGAUAUGAAGUGCGGCGAGGGCAAGCAGUUCUAUCCCGAUGGCUGUGUCUACUUUGGAGAAUGGCUUAGGAAUCGACGACAUGGCCUUGGCAUUCAAUGGUACGCAGAUGGGGGCAUCUAUGUGGGUGAAUGGGAGACUGGUUUCCGACAUGGCUUGGGCGUCUUAUUUUAUGCUAAUGGCAAUCGUUACGAAGGUCACUUUGCGCGCGGAUACAAAAAUGGCGAGGGUGUAUUCUAUCAUAUGCACACUGGUCAAAUCCAGAAGGGAAUGUGGGAAAAUGAUAAUGCAAAGACAUCCCUGAUGCAGGAUGAAGUCCUCAUUCGACGCAAUGACAAAGUCACUCCCUAUCCGAUAACACAGAAUUAUCUGAAAUACCCCAACGAAAUAAUGCGCGAACUCUUCCAGAGAUACAAGCCGUUCGGCGAUAAGCCCCACCGUCGAUUCAACGACAAGGUCAGUCUGGAAUUCAUUCACCACCGCCGACAGUAUGCUUCCUUCGAGGAACGUAUCGCCUCGCCGACUAUUGUGGAUCUCUAUCCGGACUCUGGGUUUGUUUGCACUUGCGACUGCGCUCAGAUAGCUAGAGGGGACACAAAAGUCAGCCAGACUUAAAAUUGUUCUAACUGAUAUAUGAACAACAGCUUAAUACUCAAAAGCAAACAAGUGGGAACCACAUUUGGUCAUAUAUAUUUAUUACAAUGUUAUAUUUUUCUUGUCAAAAUUCUCGAAGCUCAAGAAGGUUUAAGGGCUGGUAAAAAUAUAAGA